AUGCAAACACCCAGUGAUGGGUCGAGCGCCGACCAAUCACCGACGUCGGACCAAGUAUGCAUUUCAUGCAGGAUACGGAAGAAGAAGUGCGAUAGAUUACUUCCACAAUGUUCGGGAUGUUUGAGGAGAGAUCUAAUAUGCGAAUACUCCACGCCAGAGCAGACCUGCAAUUUUGUACCUACAUCUACGCUAACCUCUACGCAACCAUGGCAUAAUAUUCAGAUACCAGUAAAUUAUGACCAUGUAGAUGCUCAAUCGAUCAGUUUCUCAGCAAUGCUGUUUCUGGAUCCAUACAUCUUACAGCAAGGGCAAAUCGACAUGCCUCAGCCUGGUCAUUCUAUCCCGGGACAUAUUCUCCAUCUACUAGGAGACAUCACUUCUAUCCACCAGUGUGCUACCGAGUUCUUCUCCCACGAUCACACAUGGAUGUCUUUUAUUUCCAAGCCCCGUUUCUACAGUUACCAUCUACCCUGUCAAUCCACCAUUCCUAACCGUCCAGAAACCAUUCUCCUUCUUCUCUCUAUCAAACUAAUCACCACAUUGCCUCCCACAAAUCCACGGAAUCCUCAAACUUCAUUAUAUCAAGCCAUAAAACAUUAUUGUCUUGAAGUAGAAACCUCAAAUGUUCCUUCUCUUCCCAUUCUUCAAGCGGAAAUCCUGAUCGCCUUGUAUGAGAUGGGUCAUGGUAUUUAUCCUGCUGCGUAUCUUUCUAUCGGAGCAUGUGCGCGAAGAAGAGUUUGGUGGGCUAUCGUAAUUCUGGAUCGUUUCGUUAGUAUAGGAUCACCAGGGCGACCCUUCGCAACCUCCGAUCCAAGCCUAGACGAUACAUUACCAUGCGACGACGAAGCAUGGAACCAAGGUAUCAUCAAUUCCUCCAGUUACUCUACCUUAUCCUCGCCAACCACAGGCCACAUGAGUAAAUUCGCUCUGAUAUGUCAAGCUGCUAGAUUAUUGGGUCAAGUGCUCAACCAUGUUUCUGGUGCUUCAUCUCAUGAUGAUGAGUUAUGGAUGCAAUUAGAUCGGACGGUAACCUCUAUGCUUGAGGCUUCGGUGAAUGUGGAAAAUCCUGACUGUAAUCGCAUUGCGUUUAUCUACAGCACUCUUCUAGCCCUACAUACAUCAUCUCUCUCUCCGCAUCCAGCAAAUCCUCCAUCCCCUCUACAUCAGCACCGCACGGAACGUAAAUCCCAACUCCUCCAACGCAUAACCCAACGAAUCAUCGCAAAUGUGUCCACUCCACACUCUCUCUUGGGACGCGAUCCCAAGAGCAUGUCCCUAUGGGGGUUGUUUUUCGCUUAUCAUAUGUGUGUUGAGCAGAUAAGAUCUAAAGAUCCAUCUUCCCACGAUAUUGUGGUUCUCGUGAGAAAGGGAUUUGAGGAGGCAGAUGUGAGAUGGAAUGUUGCUGGUGUUUAUCUUCGAUUACUCGAGGCGCAUGAGGUGAUGGAUGGAUAUUGA